AUGUUGGGCCCCUGUUCGGAAAAAUAUCGGUUUGGUAUUAUUGGUAAAAACGAGCGAAAACGCGGCGGCGGAAAAAAAUACAAGAAGAAAAUUGAGGGAAAAAGUGGUGGAGGAGCGGGGUGUGUGUAUAUUGGAGAGAGAGAGAGAGAGAGGAGAGAGACAAGUCAGAGAAAAAGAGCGAGGGACGAGAGAGUGAGAGAGAUUAGACACACAUACACACAUGUUGUGUGCUAUUCCCUUUUGGCGCACGCGUUGCGUGUGCGUAGCGUGUAAAGGAGGUAGUUUGAAAUUUUGUGCGAAACUUUGAGGCAGUGAAUGCAUGCGUAUCUAACUAUCUGAGUCAUGUGGAGUAUCGUUUGGACCUGUUUUUUGCGUUCAGUUUCUUUCGCAAUUUUUCUACUCACUAUAUUCGCCUGAUUCCUCUUUUUAAAUAGUGAUUUUUGCAGAGAACACCGGAAUUUGGAGCAUCGUUGGAGAGAUAUGUCGACAACAGCACUACAGGUAGGAUUUAUUUGAAAAUUGUAUCAAAAAAUGAAAAUGGUGAAGAAUUGAUUGAUUGAUUGGGAAAUAUUAUAAACAAUCGAUAAAAUUGAUAGAAAACUAGGUUUUGAAUAAGGUUACUGUGAAAAUUAGAAACAGUUCACGGUGUUUUGAUUGAAAAUCGGUGGAUUAUAUUUGACAAAGAAGUUUAGCGUUCUCGGAAAAAAACUUUUAAUGACAUUUUGCAAACUGUUGAAAUUUUUGUGCACAUUCAUUUCAAAUUGAAAAGUUAUUUCCAUACAUCGCAUCUUCACUCAUAGUACCGUAAUUCUUAUCACACCCUUCUCAUCGAAAUUUCCAAGAGCACUCUGAAAAUUUCAAAAAAAAAUUCAUUUUUCAAAAUUCAAAACUUUUUGAAAAUUUCGAACCAAAAUCUAUUUCGCCAAAUUUUUGUUCAGAAGUUUCAAAAAUGUGACCUCCUUUUCAAAAACGAACUCAAAUUGUCAUGACCUAAUAUUGAAAUAUUAGGUUUUUGUUUCAAUUUCGAAAUUUGCGGUUUUUAUAAAGUUUUUUGAUAGAAAAUUAAUUUUAAAAAAUCAAGAUUUUUAUUAAAACACUUGGAUUUUUGUAUAAAUUGAGACGACAAUUGGCAAAAUUCAUCUGUUUCAAAUUUUUAUAGGAAAAUUAAAAAAUAUAUCAAGUAACAAGUUUUUUUAAAUUAAAAAAUACCUGCUUCUCAGGUGGAAAAUCAAAUUUUUCCAGUGAAAAAUCGAGAUUUCCUCAAAUUUUAAUAGAAAAAUUGAACAUCUCGAGCAAGAUCACAUUUUUCUCAAAGCUUUUGAUUGAAAAAUAAAAUUGGAUUUCGAAAUUUAUGAGAUUUCAUUAGAAAUUGCCACGUGGACUUUUUCUUUUCAACAUUGAAAAAAGUUACUUACUUAAUUUUCACUUUGAUUUUUUCCAGAAAGCAAUCGAAUUGGUUACAAAAGCGACAGAAGAAGAUACGGCCGGAAAAUAUGAUGCCGCUUUGAGGUUUUAUGAUCAGGCUAUCGAGUAUUUUUUGCACGCCAUCAAAUGUGAGUUAUUUUUGUUGAUUUUUCAAAAAAUUUGGAGAGGUUCAAGGCAAAAACAAAAAUUUAUUUUUGGACUAAAAAUUGUGAUUUUUAUGAGUUUAUAUGAAUGUAAAUGGCUAAGACGCCGCACUUUUUGACCUAAAAUUUACCCAAAAACUUCGAUUUUCACCGUCGAAUAUGUCUAAAAAUCCUAUUUUCAGACGAAUCACAAGGCGAAAAACAAAAACAUGCAAUUCGCUCAAAAGUUCAAACUUAUUUGGAUCGAGCCGAACAAAUCAAAAAAUUUCUGAAAGAAGGAAAAGAACGGAAACCGGUGAAGGAUGGAAAAGAUUCGGAUUCGGAUGAAGAUACUGAUAAGAAGAAAUUGCAGGUGGGAAGCUUUGGCUGAAAAUUGGAAAGAUUUAGUUUGGAUUAGGGGUUUUGAGCCAAAAUUUGAGAAAAUUACGUGAUUUUGAGUCUAGAAGUUUUUGUUAUUGAAAAUUGGGUUUCACAAGCUUUAUUUUGAGUAUUUUGAAGAAACAAUCCUGUUUUUUUAACAUUUUAACCCAGAAACAUGUUUGGCCAAUAUUUUGGAAUUGUUAGAUCAAAUUUACGCCUAGUUGAUUUUGAAGCAAACCAGACAUUGUUUAAGCUCAUAGUUCUCACGUGGAAUCCAUAAAAGUCCGGCUAAGUUUGUAUUGUUCGCAUUUUAGUUUUUUUUUAGGAAUUUUCUUUAAAUUUUUGGAAAAUCAGUUUCAUCAAACCAAAUAUUGUGGCUGGAAUUUUUAUGUCAAAAAAUCUGCAAUUUUCCACAUAUGAGGCAUACUUUUUGUAACCGGAAAAUGAUGAGGUUCAGACUUUUCAUAGUCUUUAAAAAAUUUAACUGAAUCCACGUGGAACUUUUGAGUGGUCAAGUUUUUCUUACAAUUAGAACUUUGAAAAUUACUGGUUUCGAUUUGUUAAAUUAAUUUUUAGAACAAUUAAUUUUUCCAGGAAUUUGGAUAGAAGAAAUUCGGAUAAUCUGAAAUUAAUUUCGAUUUUUCGACUUAAAAAUAUAAAAUUUCAAUUUGCAGGAUAAAUUAUCGGGUGCAAUUGUAAUGGAAAAACCAAAUGUAAAAUGGUCGGAUAUUGCUGGAUUGGUUGGAGCAAAAGAAGCAUUGAAAGAAGCUGUUAUUUUACCUAUCAAGUUCCCGCAAUUAUUUACUGGUUAGUGAUAUUUUUGGGGUAGAAAAUGAGCCGAAAUCUUUUAUUUUUGAUCUGAAAUUAACUCAAAAUUCACAAAAGUUUCAUUGAUUUGUUUGGCAAAAAUAUUUGGAAAAACCUGUAGAAAGGGAUCUAGGAAAGGAGAAUAAAGGAAGGAAUGGAAAUGAAAGGAUAGAGAAACAUGUACAAGAAAUGUGGGAAAAAACAUCACAAUUAAGAAUAUGUCUAAAUUAAUUGUGCCUGCAUACUAUGUUGUGGUUGGCCUGCUACAUGAUGAUAUGCUCCAGGUGGAGCCUUGUGUGUUCGCGUCGUCAGAGACAUAUCCUCUUCUUUGAUUAUAAAUAGACUUGCGCCAUAAAUUGCGGGAGCAAUUAUACACGGAAAGAAUGCACAAUAUGUGCAGAAGAUUUGCCACAUUGAUUUGUCAUCUUUUCGAACUUCCGAAUCCGGUGGAAAGAUUGUUAGAAUGUAGAAGGGAACUGUGUAGAGAGGGCUGCAAAAAUGCGCGGAAUUUUUGGAGGAUUUCAACCUAUGAUAUUUUAAAGCUGAAAUUCUCAAAAAUUUUGGAGAAUUAUGAGCCUGAAAUUGGCAUUUUUGAGCACUUGUUUUCGAAUUUUAAACUUUAAUUUGAACAUUUUUUGAGUAACAUUUAUUUUUAUGUUACGUGUGGAAAUUUCAGAAUUUUGAUUUGAAAUUCUGAAUAUUCUUCUGAGCAGAUUUGACCCCUCAAACUCACCACAAUAAGAAUGCAUAAACCAAGAAUCGACUCUUAUAAAGUCCCAAAGACUGGAAAACAAUUGGACUGUGAAAUAGGAUUUGCAAAAUGCGAAAAUAAGCAUAGGAUGAGAAAAUGGCUGGAAUUGACACGCCAAAAAUCAGAGCAUACACCAAGAAUUUGAGGCCCGAAUCUUUGUGAGAAAAAACACAAGUUCGAACUGUCGGACCAUAAACUACAACUGAACCAUUUGUGAUUGAUGGAAGAGCCAAAAAAAAUGAGAUGAUCCACGAAAGAAUGCACAAUUUGGUGGGACUUAGACCGAAUAAUUGUUCGUAGUGAAUUCGGGCGAAUGUUAAAAGAUGAACACCAGCUAUGCAUAGAUUCAUCAUUGCCAUUACUGUCCACACGGUUACUGUUAGAGCAGUCUGAAAAUUGAGAAAGAAUUUGAGGAAACUUUCGAGGUUUAAAGACUUAAGAUGCUCUUUUGAGUGUUUUCAGGUGAUCUGAAGAUUGUCUUGAGAUUUUUAGGUUUCUGUAAUUUUUGUCCCCAAAACCCAGAUUUGAAAUGAUUCUAUUCUACGAAAAUGCCAUGUCAUCGAAUUUUUUUGAAAAAAAAUACACGGCAUGUGGUGUUUUUCGCAUCCGCAAAAGAAUUAUUUUGUUGUAAUAAUAUUAAUGUAUGUUUUUUGUGUGUCCCAUAAAAUUUCUAGUCUUCUUUUCAAUUAAAAAAUGAGCAAACCUGUAUCUUACACAACAAAUGACUAGACAUAAAUAGAUUUUCCCCUGUAUACACAUUAUACAUCAAAAUUGGCACCAAAACUAGCAAUCCGACCAAAUUCGUAAUACAAAGAUGAGCAAUGAAAUGUGAUGAGUAGAAGUUUUGAUAGAGUUUUUGAGUGGUUAUGUAGAUUAUUAGCACGAUGUUUCCGAUGAUUCCGAGUAGAGAAAAGAAAGCGAAACUGAUGGCUAAUGGGGGAUGCGGAUCCAUUUUAUGCGUUUGAUUUAGAUAUUCAUUUUCAUAAUCUGUGUUGGUGAAGGCGCUGAAGAAACCACCCAUUUUUGAUCUGAAAAUUAAUGGUUUUUUGAAUGGAAAUCGGAAUCGAAAAGUCGGGAUGAUCAAAAGAUCAAGAAAAUAUAGAGGAAGCUUUGGUCUCAAUCUAAAUAUUACAUAUAAGCCUUGAUAUCUCAAAUUUCAAAGAGCAACUACCACAUUAUAAUCAAAACUCUAGAUUUUCAAAUGAAAAUUAGAAUUCCAGCUUUGGACCAAAAAUUAAAUUUUUCGGGGUUGGAAUUUGUUCGUUCGAGACUGAAAGGAUUAAAAAAGUCUAAUUGUGAGAUAAUUUGGAAAUUAUUGUAUGAAGAAUAAAAAGAUUAACAUAAGGCUUCGAAAAAACAAUUGGAUCUUUUUUUGGAAACUAUUCUGAAAAAUCUAAAAUCCAGAAUUUUUUAGGGUUUUUUUUUUGAUUCUAGUUAGGCUUUCUAAGGUUUUUUGACACAUUCUUACUGAAAUAACACGGCAUUUUAUGGUUAGACAAAGAAAAAACGGCUAGAAGAAGAAAAAACCAAAAAGCCACACGGAAAAAGAAAACACGAAGACAUACAUAUAUAUAUAUUUUUCUCGUUUUUCAGUCACUCUUUCUUUCUCUAGUAUAUUUUUUGAGCAGAAAGAGAGUGAAAAGAGCCAAGUUUUGCUCACUAGAAGCUAGAAAAAGAUAUAGAGAAACGAGAGAAUGAGAGGGUGGUUAGAGAAAGAGAGGAACGAAUUUUUUUGUGAAGAAGAGGAGAAGAAGUCUAUUGAUCAGAUGAAGAAGAAGAAGAAGAAAUUCUGUGUGGUUGGCUUUUUUGGGACACAUGAGAGAGGGAAAUUGCUUGAAGGAGCUGAAUGAAUGAAUGAGUGAAGAGGGGGUGGAGAAGGAUGCUCCUUCUUUUCUUGGCGUCAGAAAUUUGAAGGGUUCCAGAGAAAAUUAGGAAUCUUUUUGGAUAAUUCGAGGUUUUCCACGUAUAUUUUCCAUCAAGAUUGGAUUAUUGAGGAGUCUUCGAUUGGAAAGUUUUUCAUCGCAAAAGAAAAUUUAAUUAAAAGUUUUGAGCCGCGAAAAAACAUGCUCAAAAUUGAAGUUUUCGAUGGAAAAUUGAAUUAUAUUCUCCUGGAAUUCUGAAAAUCCCACGUGGUAUUUUCGGCGUCAAAACAAGAAUUUUUUCGAAAAAUUAGAAGAACUGUAGCAUGUCACGUGGCAGAUCAACAUUUUUCAAAAAUAAAGAAUUCGUCUGAUUUUAUUUUUACUUUGGAAUAUAAUUAUUUUUGAGCAUAAAGAACAUGGGGGAAUAAAAAACAUAAAAUUGUUGUGUUAUUUUUGGUGCUUGAAAAACACAUGAAAGCUAAUAAAAUAAAACUAAUUACAAAGCUUUCUUAGUUUUUUCUUUCUUGACAAAAAAGUUUUGAGCACGUUUUUUGUUCAAAAUUUCAAAAAUUCAACACCAUUUCCAUGGUUUCAGAUUUCUCUUCUUUUUUCGAGAAAACUUUAAUUAUUCACAAGUUUUCUCGAAAAAUAGUGUCAAAUUUUGAGGUUAUUUGUUUCGAAAAAAACUAGGUGUAAUAGCGGAGCAUCGUUGGAAAUCCUACAUUUCAGGGGAAAAAUUAAAAUUUUAGCAUGUGUAUAAGCGGGAUAUUGUUUGAAAAAUAAGGAAAAUUAACCCUUAUUAAAAUAGUUAAAAAUUCACAAAAAUUCAAAUUCUAAGGUGUUUCAUUUAAAUAUCAUACGAAUGCUCAUUUUUCAGGAAAUCGUAAACCAUGGCAAGGAAUUCUACUCUUUGGUCCCCCAGGAACUGGUAAAUCAUAUAUUGCAAAAGCUGUUGCCACUGAAGCCGAUAAUUCCACAUUUUUCUCGAUUUCCUCAUCUGAUUUGAUGUCAAAAUGGUUGGGAGAAUCGGAAAAAUUGGUGAAAAAUUUAUUCGCAUUGGCCCGUGAAAAUCGACCAAGUAUCAUUUUCAUUGAUGAAAUUGAUUCAUUGUGUUCGCAAAGAUCGGAUAAUGAAUCUGAAUCGGCGAGAAGAAUUAAGACGGAAUUCAUGGUUCAAAUGCAAGGAGUUGGAUUGAAUAAUGAUGGAAUUUUGGUGUUGGGAGCCACAAAUAUUCCGUGGAUUUUGGAUGCUGCAAUUCGAAGGUGAGGAAUUAGAUAACGAGGACUUUGGGAGGGUUUUGAGUGAAAUUUAGGGAAUUUCUGAAAUUGUAUGCCCGGUUAACUGAAAAUUUGAAAAAUUUGAAAUAUCAACAUUUUUUGCAGACGUUUCGAAAAACGGAUAUACAUUCCAUUGCCCGAUAUUCAUGCGAGAAAAGAAAUGUUCCGAAUUGAUGUUGGCAAAAAUCGAAAUAAUUUGAGCGAUCAGGAUUAUAAGGUAAGACUUUUUGGGUUAGACAUGUUUAUUUGCUAAAACAUCGUCAAAUCAGCCGUUAAUAUGAACCCAAACCAAUUAUUUUGUUGCAGUUUUUGGCCGAAAGAACUGAAGGAUAUUCGGGAUACGAUAUUAGUAUUUUGGUGAAAGAUGCAUUGAUGCAACCGAUUCGACGAGUUCAAUCUGCUACACAUUUCAAGUAUGUUUUUUGAGAUGAAAAUUUGGAUUUUUUAGCUAAUAUAAGUCUGAAUUUUGAAUUCAAACCCGUUGUUCCACUAAAAAACCAAUUUUUCUCUCUGAUUCCUAGCCGAAGAAAUACAAUCAUUUUGCAGACAUGUUUCUGGACCAUCACCAAAAGAUCCAAACACAACUGUUCAUGAUUUGUUAGCCCCUUGUAGUCCAGGAGAUGCACACGCUAUUGAAAUGAGUUGGUUGGAUGUGCCAAGUGAUAAAUUAGCUGAUCCAGUUUUGUCUAUGGUAAGUCCGCUUCAAGGCAAAUUCUAUAUUUCCAGAAUAACAUUUUUCCUAAUUUUCAGCAAGAUUUGAGUCGUUCACUGUCAUCUGUCAAACCCACAGUCAAUUCGGCUGAUUUGGAUCGUUUGGAACAGUUUAAAAAUGAUUUCGGUCAAGAUGGUCAAGAGUAA